AGUUGGUUGACUCCUGUAUGCACCCGACCUGGAAUUGAACCCAUAACCUGGGCAUGUGCCCUGACUGGGAAUAUCGAAACGGUGACCUUUGGGUACAUGGGACUAUGUUCAACCAUCUGAGACACACCAGCCAGGGCUCAGGUGAUAUCUUAAAAUUGUAUUUCCCCCGUCCAUUAGCAUGGAUAUUUUGUACUUUAAGACAACUGUUAGUUUUCAUCCUGACACUAGAUAUUCCGUACAGCCUGGAACUCUGUUAAAUUCUUGUGUUAAAUAGUAUUUUAACACUCUUUUCCGACAAUAAAGGGGUCUUAAAGCACUUCAGCUUCAUGUCUCACCUUACAAUUUAUUUAUACUCCUGUGUGCUUUUCUUUUGUAUAUAUUAAAAACCCCUUAAGAUUUAAUCAUUUUUGCUUAGGAGAGAGUGCUGAUGAUUUGCCCAGUGCAUUCGUUUUCCACCUGAAAUUUGUGCAGUCACAGGGUGUACAGAACAUUUGAAGAGGCACCUGAAGACACAUGGUUCAAAGAGAAACAGUGCCCAGAUCCUCUCCUUCCAUAUGGUCUGUUUUUACUCCUGAGGCUUGGUGGGGGAUGGAUGUCAUUUCCCAGGUCUCCUAUGAAAGUCACCCCACUUAAAUUCCACAGGAUAAAGGAGUACCUCCACCACAGUUAGAACCUAAGGCUUUAUUGGCCAGAAGAAUAAAUACUUCAGGACCCCAUGUAAAGGGAUACUAGCAAUGUUCUGGGCAUUGUGCUCAGGAGCAGUGUAGUGUCUGGGCCCAGAGGAAAUGUACCGUCUGUUGAAUUUGCCCAUCAAUCCACAGGUCCUGACUCCCCAGGAGCAACUGAAUCAUGUGAAACAGUAGGAAGCUGCAGGAUUGGGUAUCAGCAUUUUCAUGACACACCUGACUAAAGACAGAUUUCUGAACGGAAACUUAGAGCCGACCCAGACACACCAAGACAGAGCUCCCCCAUUGCCAGCUCUUUCCAGGGAACAGAAGAAAAUGCUCCAGGAACCCCUGACAUUUCACGAUGUGGCUGUGGACUUCACCUGGGGGGAGUGGCAGCUCCUGGACCCUGAUCAGAAGGACCUGUACAGGGACGUGAUGUUGGAGAACUACAGCCACCUGGUGUCAGUGGGGUAUCAAGCUGGGAAACCAGACGCGGUCUCCAAGUUGGAACGAGGCGAAGGACUGUGGACAAGACAGCAUGGACUGCACUGUGUACUCUGUCCGGAACUUGGGAAAGUUGAUCACCCGGUGCAGCAUCACCUGCAACGUCGAAGCAUGCAGAAGAAUGUGGACCAAUGCUGUGAACAUGAUAUGUUUGCACAUAUUGUUAAAAAGGGCGAAGGCCAAUACCUACUAAAGCAAAAUCAUGGUAUGUUUGAAUUACAUGAAAAACUUUUAGAAUCAAAUUUAAGUUUUGAAAACCAAAACAGAAACAAUAUCUUAAAAAACUCAGAUGAGCUGAAUACAGAUGGGACCUCUAUUUUGCAUGCUAACCAAGAACAAUUUUACACUGAAAUCACAUUGCCUGUCAGUACCAAACCCAUUAAUAAUAAUUCCCAGAUCAACAUAGAGAAAGCCCACGUAUACAUUGAAUGUGGGAAAGCCUUCGUGAAGAUGUCUCAGCUCACUGAUCAUCAGAGAGUUCACACUAGAGAGAAACCUUAUAGGUGCCAUCUCUGUGGGAAAGCCUUCCCCCAAAAAUCCAAGCUCACUGAAAAUCAGAGAAUUCAUACAGAACUAAAACCGUACAAAUGUACUGAAUGUGACAAAACCUUCCUCAAGACAUCACAGUUCAAUAUACCUCAGAAAACUCACAUGAGAGAGAAACCUUACACAUGUAGUGAAUGUGAGAAAGCGUUCACCAAAAAGUCUCGGCUCAUUUAUCAUCAGCGAACUCAUACAGGAGAGAAACCCCAUGGAUGCACUUUAUGUGGGAAGACCUUCUCUACAAAGUUCAGUCUCACUAUACAUCAGAAAACUCAUACAGGAGAGAAGCCUUAUAUAUGCAGUGAGUGUGGGAAAGGCUUCAUUGAGAAGAGCCGCCUUAUUGCACAUCAGCGUACUCAUACAGGAGAGAAACCCCAUGGAUGCAGUUUAUGUGGGAAGACCUUCUCUACAAAGUUUAAUCUCACUACACAUCAGAGAACUCAUACAGGAGAAAAACCUUUUUUAUGCAGUGAAUGUGGGAAGGGCUUCUCAAUGAAGCACUGCCUUAUUGGACAUCAGCGAACUCAUACUGGAGAGAAGCCCUAUGUAUGUAAUGUGUGUGGAAAAGGCUUCACCAUGAAACGUGAUCUCACUGUACAUCAGCGAAGUCAUACUUCAGAAAAACCAUAUAUGUGCAGUGAAUGUGGAAAAGGCUUCAUUGUGAAGAGCCGUCUGAUUGUACAUCAGCGAAUGCACACAGGAGAGAAACCCUAUGUAUGCAGUGAAUGUGGAAAAGGCUUCCCAGUGAAAAUGCAGCUGAUUGUGCAUCAACGGACCCAUACAGGAGAGAAACCUUAUAUAUGUAGUGUAUGCUGGAAGGGUUUCACAGCGAAGUGUAAUCUCAUUAGACAUCAGCUGAAACAUACAGGAGAGAAGCCCUAUGUAUGUAAUGUGUGUGGAAAAGGCUUCACCAUGAAGACUGAGCUUACUUUACAUCAUCAAACUCAUAGUUAAUAGAAACUGUGUAUGUGCAAUAAAUUUGGGAAAGGCUUCAUUAUGAAGAGUACUAUAGGUAUACAUCAGCAGUCUCAAACUGCAGAGAACGCCUACACAUGCAAUGAAUGUGAUGAAGGCUUAAGGAAGAAGACGUGCCGCAUACAACAUCAGAGAUUUCACUCAGGAAACACUUCCUUUCCAUGUAUUGAAUGGGACAUACUCCUUCAGCAAAAAUUAUCUCUACCCAUGGGAGAGAAACCUUAUGAAUGUAAUGAAUGUGGGAAAGCCUUCACUGCAAAGUCAAAACUCAGUGUUCAACAAAGAAAACAUACAGGAAGGAGGCUAUAUGGGUGCAGCAAUUGUGGGAAAGCUUUUGCCCACUUGUCAGUUGUUGUGAAACAUAAGAGGUUUCACAGAUAGUUUCUUUGGGGAAAGCCUGGUGCCUUUUGUAGGCCCUCAAGAUAAUAGUAUGAAAUGGAGAAUAACUUAAAGCAAAAAGAGAGAAAAAAAGAAUAAAUUAAUGCAAAGAAUGUGGUAUUGUAUUGAUCAAUUACCUCAUAUUUUAUAUUGAAAAAGUUUACAAAACAUCUCAGAUACAAUCAGCCUUGGUGAAAAUAUUUUAGGACAUUAUAUGCCUAAAAAGUGUAUUCUGAGGUAAAUCCUAUGAAUGUGACAGAUGAGGAAAUUUUUUAGUGGUAAGUAGACCCUAUUAUAUAUGAUCAUCAAAGAUUAUGAAUGGAUAAAUAGUUCUAAUUGUGGGAAAGCAUCUGUCCAAAAAUAAGACCUCAAUAGAUGUCAGUUCACACUAGAGAAAUACUUUUCCCUGGCAGGAAUAUGGCACGGUUUGCAGUAAUUUAUGUUGCCUUAUUAUUUGCCAGAAGUUCAUGCAGAAAUAACUCGUGAACACAUUCAAUUUGGUGCUCUUUUGCAAAACCUUAGAGAACUUAAUGAAGGAAAAAAGCUUGAAUGAAAAACCAUUCUGUCACAAGUCUGAACAGAUAAUACACCUCCCAAGCAAUUGUGGACAGGAUACCUUCAACCAUAUUUCUACUUACCUUGCCUUUGAUUUUAUAUGUUUUAAACACUGGCAAUUACUCUCAUCCUGAAUUAAAUUUUAAUAUAUACAACACAGGAAUGGUCUAUGCCUGUUUCAUUAUGUAAUUGACUUUUGCAGUUCUUUCGUUCCAAGCUUGUGUUAUUUCAGAGUACUUGAAGUACUUGAAAAUGAAACAAUAUAUUCAUUUAUAAGGAUAACAUAUUUUAAUGUGUUUUACCAAGUUUAUAACUAGCUUCAAGUGGUUUAUAAGAGUAAUAUAAAUACGUUUUUUCUAACUUUGACUUUUGAAAUAAGUUUAGCAUCACAAAAACUGAAAUUUUCUAGAGAUUUUCUAAAUGCCCGUCAUGUAUCUACUUCCAAAGGUAAAACCUUACAUAGUCACAGUUCAGUAUCAAAUAGAGGAAAGUGAAAUUGUUACAGUGCCAUCAACUACAGGAUUUAUUUGUAUUUCCAGUAGUUUUUGUUUGUUUUGUUAUGUAUACUUGAAGGAAACUAUCACAUAUGUAGUUUCUUUUAACCACAGUAGAAAUUCAGAAUUAUUAUUUUUUUUUGUCACAAACUCCCUCAGGCUACCUUUUCAGUCACAUCCUUUCCCCUACCCUAGUGUUUGGCGUCACAGCUCUCUUUGUACCUCUAAUUUUGUCAUUUAUGUAAUAUUAGAAAAAUUGAGUUAUUUAUCACGUAUCCUUUGAGAUUGGCUAUUUGACCUUGUGAGAUAUAAGAAAAACAUUCAGCUCCACCCCACACAUUUAGAGAGUGGAGAGGGCCUGGCUCCUGGCACAGAGCGCCUGACACCCUUGUAAAUUUCUAAGUGACAACAGCACUAAAAGCCUUUUUUGUUCUGAGAGGACUCUGGUCUGAAUUUUCAGCUCCACCCCACAUCUUUACAGAGGGGGGAGGGCCUGGAAAUAGUUUAAGAUCAAUCAUGCCUACUCGAGGAAGGGUCCAUAAACCUCCCCAUAGGAGGGUACUCAGAGAGCUUCCAGGUGGAGAAUACAUCCAACUACGGGGAGGGUGAUGUACCCCAACUUCAUGGAGACAGAAGCUCCUGUGCUUGGGACCCUCCCAGACCUCAUGCAUUGUAUCCCUUCAUCUGUUCAUUGUAACAUUUUUUUGGUGGGUUAUUUUGGUGUGUGUGUGUGUUUUAAGAAUUUUUAUGAGUUUAUUUGAGCCAAACUGUGGACAGUUGCCUGGAAGCCUGAACUUCAAUGGAUUGAGAUAAUGCUCCGGAGAAUGGCAGUUUUGCACCUUGCUUUAUAGAUUUCAAUCAAAAGAGGGGACAUAAUUAGGUCACAUGAAAUCUGUUAGUGACCGAUUAGGGAGGUGGGAGAAAAAGCGGGGAAACCUCUGG